AUGGCUCCCGGAUCCAGGGGACUGGAGAUGAUUGGCAUCAUCUCGGCUUUGGUUGGAGUAGCAACAAUAGCCGUGAUCCUGCGCAUCAUUGCCAGGCUGAAGAGGCGGCUCCAUUUCGGCGUGGACGACUACCUCUGCUUCACGGCUUUGGUACUUUUAUACGGCAUGUUUGUAGAACUAAUUCUUUGGUGCACAAUCGGCGGCAACGGCGCCCACGAUGCAGACAUAACCCCCCAAACCCGCCGAAACUUCUACAGAAUCUUCCUCUCAAACCAAUUCCUCUAUUUUGUCCUCUGCCCCGUCGUCAAAAUCUCCAUCGUCUGCUUCUACCGCCGCGUCUUCUCCAUCCCGCGCUUCCAGCAGUUCUCCUUCGGCCUGAACUGUCUCAUGGGCACGUGGUCCGCGGGCAUCUUCUUCGCCUGUGCCGGCCAGUGUCGGCCGCUGAGGGCUUACUGGGAUCAUAGCGUGUUUAAUGUUGUUAUGGACUUUGUUAUUCUGGGGAUGCCAAUUCCUAUCAUCUGGAGGUUGCAGAAGGCAUGGCACGAGAAAUUGGAGUUGACUGCUGUUUUUGCUGUGGGUGGAUUUGUCUGCUUCGCGAGCAUUUACCGGAUCGUGGUGUUAUUCUACAUCGACCCGGCAGACACGACAUACACAGUCUACAAAGCAACACUCUGGACACACAUCGAACCCUCCGUCGGCCUAACCUGUUCCUGUCUCCCUACGAUCCGCGGCCUCCUCCCCCGCUUCAUCCGCGGCCUCCUCCCCCGCUUCAUCCGCGGCCGCUCCACGAACAGAUCCAAGACAUGGACCACCGGACAGCGCUACGCCUCCAACAACGGCCACCUGAGCAGCUCCAAUACCAGCUCCUCUGCGCCGUUCAUGACCAUCCCGCGCGGCGACGCCGAGUUCCUAGUCAUGUCUGAUGUGGCUGCGUACGGGGGGAAGGGGUUGGAUGAUCGGUCGGUCGAGGGGGGUGUCAUGGAUAUUACGAUUAAAACGGAUAUUAAUGUUUAUCGAGGGAGUCGGCCUUCAUCUAUGAGGAUGGUUGAGUGA